AUGACGAUGCUACCAAGACGGCCAUUGGCUGCACUUCUCCUGUGGAGCUGUCUGGCUUCAGCUACCAAAGUCGACGACAGUGUCCACUAUAUGAUCACAUUCGAACGAGCUGACAACUUGGAAGGAAGCCAACUACUGGAGGACAAUGAGAAAGCGCUAAAGGACGAGAAUCACAUGCGAAUAUCUACGCAGAAUAAUGAAAACUACAUUUGCAAGAUUCCUGAAGCUAGAUCGGAAGUGAGUUCAAUUUUCGUAUUUGCCUAA